CCAGCGCCGGAUCUUUUGCUGCAGGCGUUCAAUCAGGCCAUCCGACCGUACUCCGACAAGAUAGACAGCUUGGAAGGCGAAAUUGCGGAUUUAAAGGCUUACAUCGAUGCAUUGGAACGUCAGAGGACGGAGGUCCACGCUUGGAUUGACAAGAGAGGACUGAGGCCGGACGUCCCUCCUUCCAUCGCCCAAAUCAUGGACUCUUCCUCCCACUCCACUUCUCCCGCCCACGCAUCCGCAACCCUCAACGCCCAACUCGACCGCAAAAUCACAAUCGUCAACUUCGACCUCCACCGCCUGCAAGACGAUCUCAACGACUCCCUCCCAACACCCUCCUUCUCCGCCUGCAUGCUCAAAUUCCUCCCCGACAUCGCACGUCUGUCCGCCUUGCCAUCCGGACCUCGCCACGCUUUCGACCUGCUGCUAAAGCUAGGCGGCAACCUCAACUCCCACGGCGGGCUGGAGAAUGGCGACGAAGAGGAUAUUGCCGAGCGGAGAUCUUUCUACGGACGUCUAGACGAUGCCAUGACGGAUGUAGUCAAAGGACGAUUCAGGGAAGAGGGAGAUGGUUGGGGAGUGCAGAGGGAAAUUAAGCGUAUCGAGAAGACGGGGGCGUAUUUGAGGAAUUGGGGCGUUGAGCCGUACUUCCCGCGGACGCUGGAUGUCAUGAGA